GGAUUAACCUGAUUAGUCUUUCAUUAUAUGUAGUUUUCACCUCACCUAGCCGGGAUAACUCGCUCCAUGUAAACAGGUCCUAAAUCCGCCAUAGUAACAAUUACCAUUAAUUAAUCGAUAUACACAAAUAUAGUAUUGUAAUAAUGAAAUGAAGCAAUUGAUAUUAGAAAAUCAAUCAAACACAAAAGCAAGGUUUGCACAACCCUGUGAUUCAACUUUUUGUGCACUUUUGAAUAUCAUAAAUGAUUUGUUAUUGCCUUUAAAAACCCAAAAUUUUCCUAACAAAAUCAAGCGCGCGAAAAAAUAGAAUUUCUUUACGGCACGCGCAUACGUCGAUUUCAUGACAUCAUCCAAUCAGAAUUCGUCACGUCACAAGAAAUGGUUUCUUCAAGUUCAGGUGGAGUCUUCAGGAAUACCGCAUUCGUAAACACAACAUACUCAAGUAGUUUUACGUGUCCCGGACGUCGUGAGGUGAUCCCGAAGUUUAAUAACUACGUUAGUUUUGUUUCGUCAACAGAAGAUAAGUUAGUUCCACGUUGUUUUCCGCAUUUCGCGCUCCGCGUUUCACCGCAUCGCAUUCUCGACUUCGAACAUUCCGCAUUGGGUUUCGGACCGACAGGCGCGGAAUACUCGGACGUUGCGGAUCAGCGUAAACAGUCAGCGGAGGAAGCGGAAGAAAAUCAAGAGAUCGAAGCGGACGAGAACGUCAGCGUUGAAAAUUCUGAGGAUUGUGGAGCUGCAGAUAUAAGUGAAUCGAAGCAAGAAGAGAGCGAGGAAGCUGAUUCUAGGAAUCAGAAAGACGAGAGAGCGGAUACUAAUAGUUUCCAGAAAGAGGAUUCUGAGAAUUCUGAGAAAAUGGCUCCACGACGGCGCGUCGAAAUACCAAAGCAUUUCUUAGAUGAAGUAACUGCGAAUAUUUACAAGAGUACAGCUCGAAAAGCUGCCGAAGAAUGGGCCUUACCUGUCCCAGAACGACCCCUCGUGUUCCCCCAAAUCAUUGGGAAUAACGAAGACCGCGAGCUCUAUCAUUCGGUGUAUCGUAGAACUGGGACCUGGAAAACUAAUGUGGUGCCAGAGGCUUGGGAACGAGGCCAAGUAAGACCGCUGUACGAAGAUCCGAAGGCGAAACAAUAUCGUCCAUAUCGGCUGAGGUUUAGUAGACCCGCUAAAACUCGGUUGCUGUCGAAACGUCAUCAAGAACCAAGUGAUCAAGUUACCAUGACUGAAGUGAAACCACAAGAAUCGCUACCUCCAGCAAUUCAGCACAUACGACCUUCUCCAGGUUACGCAGGAUUCGUUCCCAAGCUCCCGGCGAUUCCCAGUCCACCGCGCGACCCUCGCUUGAGGAUAUCCUUGUCCUCAGCAACAUACAGAAAUUUAUCCAGGGACAGUCUGGGUGUUCUAGAAUAUGCUCAUAAAGGUCCCCUAUCGAAACUUGUGACCACUACUACUCCUUGUAAUCCAUUUAACAAAACGACGCAGGUGUCACAAUUAACUAGUGGCAUUUUCGUAUUCUGAUCAUAUCAAAUAUAUCGGGGGCAACACGGAGUAGCCCUGAAAUAUCAGCCGCUGAACACCUGCUGGCAGACGUGAGAAUGAAUAGGUAACAGUUUAACAUUGCCGAUCGUAUUUUUUAUUUGAUAC